UUUAAAGCGACUACUCUUUCUUCUACUUUAACCAACCAUCCAAAAACAUCCAAUCGUCAUGAAAUUUGUCAUUUUCAUGUUGGGCAUUGUUGCCGCCACUCCAAUUGAUCAUGAUCGUAGAGACAACUUUAAUCCCGCGGGGAUGUUGUGGUGCGAUUCUGGAACCGAAGGCAAUGGUGGUUGCGAGGCAAAUGGUCUAUCUACCUUCUGCGUGAGUACUAACAAUAAUUAAUUACCCACAUUGUAAACACGCUUAUUCUGGUCUCUAGUGCCGAGGAGAGUUUGAGGCUCCGGGAUACGUUAUUCAACGCAAUACUACCGUUUUCUCGCGGAACAAAAGCUCAUCGCCGUUUUGUACAGCACCCGGAGGCAAAGUGAUAGACGGAGGGCAAAUUGUUUGCGCCCCUAACGGUGCCUCUACUCAAUAGUUAAGGGCUUGUUGGUGUGUGUUCUGUCU